GAUCGUUCCAUGCUGUCCAUUUUAAUAGAAAAUAUGGGCCUACUCUGCAGCAGACAAAGACCUCUCACUGAAGCUGAUGCCAAGGAAAAAUCUCAGGCUGCAGAAAUAGAGAGGAGGAUUGCUCAGGAAUCAAAGAUUGAAAAACAUAUUCAUAAGCUACUACUGCUUGGGGCUGGAGAAUCAGGGAAGUCUACAAUAUUUAAGCAGAUAAAACUUUUAUUUCAAACUGGCUUUGACGAGGCAGAACUUAUGAGCUAUAUAUCAGUUAUUCAUGCAAAUGUGUACCAGACAAUUAAACUCUUGUACGAUGGUUCAAAAGAAUUUGCUCAAAAUGAAGAGGGUUCCUCGAAGUAUGUUAUAUCUCCUGAUAAUCAGGAUAUUGGAGAAAAAUUCUCUCAAAUUGGAGACAGGUUUGAUUAUCCACGUCUGAGUAAGGAGCUUGCCCAGGAGAUAGAAACUUUGUGGAAGGAUGACGCGAUACAGGAAACUUAUGCUCGUGCAAAUGAACUCCAAGUUCCAGAGUGCACUCACUAUUUCAUGGAGAAUUUGCACCGUUUGUCUGAUACAAAUUAUAUUCCCACAAAGGAGGAUGUUCUUUACUCCAGAGUGCGAACAACUGGAGUUGUAGAGAUCCAGUUCAGUCCCGUUGGAGACAGCCGGAAAAGUGGGGAAGUUUACAGGCUCUUUGAUGUGGGGGGCCAAAAAAAUGAGAGAAGAAAAUGGAUUCAUCUGUUUGAAGGCGUCACAGCUGUUAUCUUUUGUGCUGCCAUUAGCGAGUAUGAUCAGACUCUCUUUGAAGAUGAGAACAAGAACAGAAUGAUGGAAACCAGGGAGCUAUUUGACUGGGUUUUAAAGCAGCCAUGCUUUGAGAAAACGUCUUUCCUAUUGUUCCUAAACAAAUUUGAUAUAUUUGAGAAGAAGGUUACUAAGGUACCACUGAAUGUUUGCGAGUGGUUUAAAGAUUAUCAGCCUAUUGCAACUGGGAAACAAGAGAUCGAGCAUGCAUACGAGUUUGUGAAGAAGAAAUUUGAAGAACUAUACUUUCAGAGUACAACCCCAGAUCGUGUGGAUCGGGUCUUUAAGAUUUAUAGGACUACUGCUUUGGAUCAGAAACUUGUAAAGAAGACUUUCAAACUGGUGGAUGAGACCUUGAGGAGGAGGAACCUUAUCGAGGCAGGCUUGCUUUGAAAGCAUGGCCAAAGAGGAGGCACUAUGGACCAGCAUACAUGUCGAUCCAUAUGUACUGUCUCUCAUCUGGUUCCUCUCUCUCUCCCUCUCUCUCUCCUCCAAUUUUGCAGUAAAAGCAUGUAUUCUGUCUCAUUUGAUCUUUUCUCUCACCUUAUCUGAUACUGAACAAACUGUAGAUUGCUACCUUUUUUUCUUAUAAUCUUCUCUGAGGUGUUUGUAA